AUGCCUGUUCGUGAUUGUAAUACAAAAUAUAAUAUUUACUUACUUUAUCAAAAUCUUCCCAAAAAUCUAUCUAUAAAUUAUUCAAUUCAUAUUGAUGCUUUUGAUAAAAUAACUUUAGAUUAUUGGACUAGUUGGUAUUUACCUAUACCAUUUUCAUUUUUACCUGUUAAUCGGAUUGCUACUCAAUUACAAAUUCAUGAUAUUGAAGAUAGAGAACCAUGUUCUUUAUCAUGUGAAAAUCAUGGUCGAUAUGUGAGAUAUACAAAUAAUAAAUCAUUAUUUUUUUGUCAAUGCAAACAUGGAUAUUCUGGUCCUAGAUGUAAUAUACAACAUAGAUGUUCAUGUGCAAAUAAUUCGUAUUGUCUUACUUCAUCUAUAUGUGUAUGUUCAUUACAUAAGUUUGGUCCUCGAUGUUAUUUAAAAAUUUCGAUUGGUCAAUCAAACAAUAAUCCAUGUCAACAUAAUGAAGAUUAUUCAGGUGAAAGAUGUGAAAAUAUAAAUAAUAAAAUUACAAUACGUUUGCGUGAAACAAUAACAAUAAUAACUUCGCCUUUAUUCAUACAUUUUAUCACAGCAUUUUCAAAUGUAAAACAUGAACAAACUACUAUGAUGAAAAAAAUUCCUUAUGAUAAAUAUAUAAUUACAUUUAUUGCACCACAAUCAUUUUAUUAUAUUUUUAUUCAAAGACCUCAUCAAAAUCAUUAUUUAGCUGCCAUUAGAGAAAUAUUUAUACUAGCAGAGAAAAUUUAUACUGAAAUAUUACCAAAACAACGUUGUUCUCCAAUUGAAGAACUUCUUAAUAAGACAUUUGUUAGUUAUGAAUACUUUAAUCGUACAAAAUAUUAUUCACUUAUAUGUCAACAAUAUUCUCAACUAAUGUGUUUCUAUGAUAAAGAAAAUAUGUGUAUUUGUGAUCUUGAUCGAUUCUCAAAUUGUUUUCUUGUCAAUCAUACAUUCAAUUAUGAUUGUCAAGGAUAUAAUUAUUGUGACAAUAAUGGACAAAGUUUUCAGAAAAAUCAAACAUGUCCAACAAAAUCAAUAUGUACAGUCCCGGACAAAAAUUUACGUGAAAUUGAUUUUUCAGUAUUUUUUCUCAAAUUUUUAUUUCCGUAG